UUUACAACACUGGCUGAUUAGUUUACAUAGGUCUGAGGCAAGCACGUUGUGUUUGAUAAAUUAAGUUACAUAAAUAAAACUGAAGUUCUAUUAGACAUGUUUGCCUUGCUGCGCCGUUUGGCGAGCGCAUCGAUAACAAACAGCAACAAGUUAAACCAGGUGCGAUGUUAUGCCUCCUUCUCGGUAAGGGAUGUUUUGCACGACAGUUCAGAUGAGACCGGCACUCUGCUGACCCGCUUUGCCAAGCACAUAGCCAUCGACCGCUACAAGUGCGAGCAGCACGUGCUGGCACCAACGACCAUUCGCUACUCGGACUACUUUCCCAUUUCGGACGAACAUUACUUUAGACGCUCUGUGCAAAAGACAGCUGCCUCACAGUUGCCACCAUUGAUCAUACACGCAUCCAGUUAUCGUUCCAAUGCAGCGCCACCCAUGUAUGCCAUGGCCUUGAAUACGUUGGAUGCGCAUGCAACAGCACAGCUAGACCAAAUGGACAUUUCCACUGUGCUGGAGACGCUUUAUGCAUUUUUGUUUCUGAUACCAAAUUGGCUGAAGCGCAUCGAUUUCUACCACGCGGCCAUGCGACGCUUAACGCAGGAAGCGGCUGGCAGUCAGCAGCGUUUUUUGCAAAUCUGUUUCUACUUAGGCCUCCAGAAGCAGUAUCAGAAAAAUGAUUUAGAGACGUUUCUUGCAACACAGCUUGGCAAUCAUUUGCCCAACCUAAGUCCGCUGGAUCUGGCUCUCGUAAGCAAUGCAGCCUAUAAGACUUCGACUUUGGUGACGGGCGAUGUGCGUGAGGCCUAUGAAACUGCUUUGGUGGAUGCCCUUUUGAACUUAAAGUUUGAUGCUGAAAAUGAUCCCGAAGAUGCGCUGCUUGUUUGCUAUGUCAAGGCAUUGCGCUUCCAGCGCGUUCACGAUGAGCGUAUCUGCCAGUACCUACAGACCAUUUGUUUGGACCCCACACAGAUAUCGAAACUUCAGCCUCGUGGCUUGGCACACAUAUUUGCGUACUUUGCUGAGAUGCAAUGGGAUCAGGCAGAAUGCUUGCAAGCGCUUGUGGAACGCUUAUUGUCCAUCAAACCCGGUGAAUUGCGUGCCAAGGACUUGUCCACAUUCCUCUGGAGCUGCGCACAGCUUAAUUGCACCCUAACUGCUGAGCAACUUAGAAAACUUGAGGUGGUUGCAUUACGCAAAUUGAAUCAAGGCGAAUAUGACCGGUUUCCCGACCAACUGGUGGAUGCCUGCCUCUCCUUGGUUAUCCUGGGUCACCAUUCAAAGCAGCUAUUCGAUGCCGCAGAGGAGCUAAAGGCCGCUCAACGUCAGCGACAACGCGCACAACCUAAAGUUGAUAGCCGUUUGACUGUGCUUCGAGCUGCUGUAGCCAUAGAGCAGCCCAGCUGGACGGACGUCAAGACGAAGCAGGUCUUUAAGGAGCUCGCACGGGCGCCUGCCUAUUUGCUUAGCCAGCGUGAGGAUUUAACAGCAUAUGCCAAUCAGCUGUCGGCAGAUGCCGAGGUGGAAGGCGUUGACCUGGUAUGCCCCAUUGCUGGCAUCAAUUUGCCCAGCUUGCGUGUCCAGACUCAAGGCGAGAAGGCAUGCAUUUACUAUAUAGAGCUGCUGACACCACAACAAACGCUGAAAUUCAGUCAAUCGGCAACUUCUUUGCUGCGCUUAAAGAGGCGACUACUGGGAACGCUGGGUCAGCGUGUUGUCCUGCUCCAUUCUGGUGACAUGGCAUCCAAUGCGCAAGCGUUGCAACAGCUAUUAGAACAAACAACAAUCGUCAAGAACGAUGAAAAGCAGGCAGCGCAAGGCCUGAACAAUUGAAACGUGUGAUAUAGGGUC